AUGGCUGCAAUAAUGGCAUCAACGCCUCCUUACAUGGCUCGAUUAUUGCUUUAUUUCAUUUCAGGUCUGUUCGUGAUCUACUGUUGCAUCAUUUUGCUCAUUGAAAACACAAAAUUCUUUCUGGACAAAUCAUUCCAGAAGAAGGAACCAACCUUGAACUCCCUUUCAAAUCUUCCCGAACUGACUAAUCAGCUUACCGUCGAGAGUGCUGAUAAGUCUACUGGGAAAGAGUACGUCUGUAGCAAAGAUUAG